AGUAGGGUCCUUACGUCGCGUCCCUUCACCCUUGCACGUAAUUUUCACGCGAUUUUUUUUUUGCUCGAUUUAUCCGCGAAAAAUAAUGUCCAUUGCCCAUCUCGUCAAAUCGGUGCCGUAGUGUCGCAACAUGCCCGAUCCCUAACUGGUGUCACCCUCACGAUGCCCCCUUUACCGUGUGUACUGGUGUUUUUCCUGUUAAUUUUAGAUUAUUUUAAGUGCGACAGUAUCGCGGAUACCCCCCGUUCCCCCGCCUUAUCGUCGCGAACGGUGAAAACCAAAUACGGUGAUGUGAGUGGAAUUAUAGUGACCCCCGAGUCCAAACAUUUGGAACCAGUGGAAAUAUUCAGAGGGAUACCGUACGCGAGCCCCCCCUUGGGGAGUUUAAGGUUUAUGCCCCCAGUAACAGGGGCGUUGUGGCAAGGGGUUAAGGUGGCGGACACCUUUGGACCCGUGUGUCCACAAAAAUUGCCAGAUAUUGCCAAUGAGACUGCCGCAUUGAAGAGAAUGCCCAGGGGCAGGUUGGAGUAUCUGAAGAGGCUGCUGCCCUAUUUAAAGAAUCAAAGUGAAGACUGUUUAUAUUUGAAUAUUUAUGCUCCGGCACAAGCUGGCACCAGAGAAGGCGCUACUCAUGCCAAAUUUCCAGUAAUAGUUUUUAUUCAUGGAGAAAGCUACGAAUGGAACUCUGGAAACCCUUAUGACGGAACUGUGUUGGCCAGUUAUGGGGGUGUUGUUGUAGUUACUAUUAAUUAUAGGCUAGGAAUUCUGGGUUUUCUAAAUGCCAACACGGACCCUUACUCAAAAAAUCCAGCGAACUACGGCCUCAUGGACCAGAUUGCAGCCCUUCACUGGAUACAAGAAAAUAUCGCCUAUUUCGGUGGAGAUCCCACCAACGUCACCCUAUUAGGUCAUGGUACCGGAGCUGCUUGUGUAAACUUUCUUCUUACAUCUAGUGCUGUGCCCGAAGGUGUUCUUUUUCAUCGAGCUAUCCUAAUGUCUGGAUCAGCAUUAAGUCCAUGGGCUCUGGUUCACGAGCCAUCCAGAUAUGCCGCUCUGGUUGCCGUGCAUGCUAAUUGCUCGCCAGAGUUGCCACAUUCCCACUUGCUCAAGUGUCUCAGGGAGAAACCUUUGGAAACUCUGUUGACGACCCCUGUGUCUGCUCCAGAGUUUUCUUUUGCUUUUGGGCCGAGUGUGGAUGGAGUGGUCAUUGAUACGGGAGAACCUCCUGGUGACACCCCACACUAUACGGACUACGGGGAUGCAUCUGAACGAAAAUCAUCCAAGGGAGAACCGCCGAAUGCCAUUAAUAUUUUAAACAGCGUGUUGCUGAGAAAAUCGGUUAGAGCAAAGCUGAGCAGAUACGAUAUGCUGCUGGGGGUUGUUAGAGCUGAAGCUUAUUUUGCUUUUAAUGGAGAAGAUGUUCAAUAUGGUAUAGAAGGGGACCGUCGCACAAAAAUCCUACGUACGUUUGUUAAAAACACCUACAGUUAUCAUCUAACCGAAAUCCUCGCGACCAUAGUUAACGAAUAUACAGACUGGGAACGUCCUGUUCAACAUCCCAUUAACAUCAGAGAUGAAACCUUAGAAGCAUUAUCGGAUGCUCAAUAUGUGGCACCGGUAAUCCAUACGGCAGAUCUACAUUCUGAUGAACAUAGAAAUUCGUAUCUCUAUGUUUUUGAUUAUCAGACUAAAUUUGGGGAUUAUCAGCAGAGACAGGGCUGUAUCCAUGGAGAAGAGCUGCCUUACCUUUUUGGAGCUCCUCUCGUGGGAGGAUUUAUGCAUUUUGGUAAAAACUACACCAAAUCCGAAGUGAUCCUAUCCGAAGUAACUAUGUUAUAUUGGACCAAUUUUGCUAGAACCGGAAACCCAAAUGAACACAUCGAGAAUGAACACUCCAGACAAGAGAGAUCCAGGCUGAAAAACGUGGAAUGGACAGCCUAUGAGGCUGUACAUAAAAAAUAUUUAAAUCUCGAUCAAAAACCCAAAUUAAAAAACCACUACCGCGCCCAUCGGCUCUCCUUCUGGCUCAAUUUGGUUCCAGAUCUCCAUAAGCCUGGUGGAGAAGAUGUGCCUUCGUCCCACCAUGAGCUAAGAGAAGACGACGAACCCCCACCACCAAAGUAUCCGCAGUUAAACCCCAAAAAGUUGCCCACUACUGAGACCCCCACUGAAUUUAAGACUCUUUUUGGGAAUGUUAGUGGGGCUUUGGCAACCGUGGGACCUGGAGAUUCGACUGAGAGGGUUGAAGAACUUGGUGGUUUAAGUACGACCUCCCACCCCGUAGAAGACGGUUUCGCAGCCUACAGUACCGCCUUAAGCGUAACCAUAGCAAUCGGUUGUUCCCUUCUAAUCCUCAACGUACUCAUCUUUGCCGGAGUGUACUACCAACGAGACAAAAGCCGUAUGAAUGAAACCAAUGGUGGUGGACACAACCCGAAGAAACGCAACGAAAACGGUCAAAUGCCCAACAACAUAUGCGGUGACCUGGAAAGCAGUAUUAUAGGGGUGAAAGGUGACCCGGCUACCAUUUUGGGACACCAUCACUCCCACCAUCAGCUCCCACCACCAGAAUUUGCAGAUAUGCCGCAAAAUAACGCGACUUUACCACGCUGCGCCCCGCCACCCCCUAAGAUAAAUUGCAAGAGUAACAUGAACACCUUGAAUUCAAGGAGCAUGCACGAAAAUCAACCCUUGUUGUCCUCGCAUAGUAUACAAGUGAUGAACACGGGGACUUUGACGAAGAAAAAUACGCAGUUGAACGCGAAACAGAAUUUGACUAUGGAAGAGUUGAGGGUGUGACAGGAUGAUGUGUACUUGUAGUAUUUUAUUAAUGAGUUUUAAUGGGGAGAUGAGGACAGGAAGUAGAAUAAUUUCAAGAAAAUUAGUAUUUGUUAUUUUGUUAAGCUACUGGUUAUCAGGUGAGCUUUGGGCCUACUUUUGAGAUCAUUAUACCUUUUUUACAAUUAUCAUUAUUAUUUUAAAGUAGCAUACAUUCAAGUUUAUUCUUAAAGACUCACCAUCACGUCUCACAAUUACCAACUUUAAGCUAAAAUUUUAAGAUAAACACACGUAAAGAGUUUUGGUAUUGAAAUAUUUAAUUUUAAAAAAUAUUUCAUAAAUGGCCACCACGGCUUUGCUGGCAUAGGCAUCACCUUUAGACGACACUUUCAAUUACGUUAUUGUAUACAUGUGGUGGUAUUUCAUUGACACGGCGUCUGGCUUCGGCUUUCAAUGCUUCGAUGAUUGCAGGCUUAUUGGCAUAAAGUGUGACUUUAAAUAGCCCCACAGCCAGAAGUCCUGCUCGAACCACAUAUCGUCAAAAUCGAUGGUUUUCAAAUAAGGCACAAGAAACUGUGUUUUCAUAGCACAAUAACGUUGCCAUUCACCGUUACUGCAUUACCUUCUUCGUUUUUGAAGAAAAACUGUCCAAUUAUUCCUCCAACUCUAUAUACUAUUUAGGUUUUAAUUUUUUAUAAUAUAGCUCGUAGAUAAUCGGCAUUUUUUUUUUCCAAUUUUCAUCUUCUUUCACUACUUGUUUCUGACUUGUCAUUUGGUUAGCGAGCUAAAGUUUUAACUUACCGUCUAAGUAUUAUGUUCGUUUUAGUAUAUUUUGCACAAUCCCAAAUAUUAUCCUCUCUCGACCAACAAUUAUUAUUUGAUGAUACAAAUUCUUCUAUUAAUAGAAUGAGCGAUGGCUUCGGAAAUUUUAAAUAACAACUGAAUUAAUCUGGCCAUAAAUGACGUAUUAGAGUUGAGAAUUUUGAAAAGUUUUAAUGUAUUGUCUAAGCCAAUGAAUUUAUCCAAACUAAGCUAAAAGUUUUAUCCAGCACAUAUAUGGUUGCCGGAAGGUUGGGAUUUUAUGCAAACAUUUAAAUAAAACUAAGAAAAACUUUUGAGUUUAAUCCCUUAGGUUAAUUUAAAAGUUAUUGUAAUUAUAAAUGAUUUUGGAAAUUCGGCCCAAAGUCUAUAAUGCAAAACAUCACCAUUUUUUUGAUGAAUUCCCCAUAAAACUGUAAAACAAUUAAAUUAAUAAAAGUUAAAUAAUAUUAUAAAUUAAGUGAAAGUUCCUCUCUCCUCUCUCUGUCGCACCCUCUAAAUGUAAGAACCGCUAUUAUAUACUGAGCUGUAUCAACCCCAUAAUGUUGUAAAUAUCAACUGCACAUCUUAGGAUUUUUUCAAAUAUCUGUCCCAUUAAAAAAUCCGACGGUGUAUGGUCUAUAAGAAAAAAUGGACCUUAUUAGUUAAGCACUAAAAGUUGUGAUGUUAUUUGGUACGAUUACUUGAAGAAGACCAAUUAUUAUUGAUUUGUUGGUUUAAUUAUUAUUAUUAUUAUUAUUAUGACUACUUAUAGAAAAUAUGUAGAGUAUUUUGUUACCGUUUAAAAAAAAAAUACGAUUUUUUACUUAAAGUGUAAUAUAUUUAAUAUAAAAAUAGACUAGAUUUUUUUUAUAAUUAUUCAACUAAAACUAUUAAAUGUCCUAGGUAAUUGUAUAACUAUAAAAGUGAAAAAUCGUUAUUUUUUGUGGAAAACUGGGCAUUACCUAAAACUAACCCAAUAACUUGUAAAUAACUGUGUAAAUACAAAUUCACUAACUACUAGGUCAGAAAUAUAGGUACGAAUGAAUAGAAAAUUUUGCAUUAAAAUCAUUUUUAGAGGGCCCCGAUUUUAUUGUUAUUAUUCUUAUAAUUAUCACAGGGUUAAUAAAAAACUUUUGCUUUAGUUUUAUUAUGGUGUAUGUGUGUGUCACUGCCAUAAUGGUUCAUAAACCGUAAUUUUUGUAUAAAAUUCCAAUUGAACUUCCAUCUUUUUGUAAAAAAUAUAGGGUGAUUGUCUUGUAUAUAGUUAGUUUAAUAUGUUAAAUAAAUUAUAUAAAAAUAA